UUUCAUAUCCCUGGAUUGAAGAAAGCAGAUUUGUUUUUCUAUGAUCUCGGAUCAUCAGAGUGGGUAGGGACAUAAACUACUACUUACUAGCAUUUCUGCGACCCUUGAGAGGAAAAAUGGAACAAAAUGCCAAAACCAGAAAACAGUCAGUCCUGCCGCAAAUUCCAUUAAUCCGCCAUCUUUUUCUUCUAUUUUUGAGAACGGGAAUAACACGCACAAAACGCAAGGUGGCGCUGCUGACUAAAAAGACAAAAUACCGCACCACGGAGGUGACAGACUGCGGGGGUAAAGAGGCAGUCUGACCAAGGAGGAGGAACGGAAACCGCGGUAACAGGAGUGAGGGGAAGUCGGGGACUCUCUCCCCACAAUCAUAGCUACUAUCCGGCUCCUUUCUAAGGAUUCGGUGGCUGCCUUUUCCGAGAGCUGCCUGAGGCCAAGAGGGAGUGAUUUUGAGACUGAUGCAGCGAAGAAUGGAGGCCAGAGGGGAGCGGGCCGUGCAGAAAAGGCAAGUCCUAUUCCUUUGUGUGUUUCUGGGGGUGUCUCGCGCUGGCGCGGAACCGCUUCGGUAUUCUGUGGCAGAGGAAACUGAGAGAGGCACCUCCCUGGCCAACCUGGCCACCGACCUGGGAUUGGGGGUGGGGGAACUGUCAGCCCGGGGAGCUAGAAUUGUUACAGACCAGCACCUGCGAUUUUUACUGCUCAAUCUGCUUACUGGGGAUUUACUUCUAAAUGAGAAAUUGGACCGAGAGGAACUGUGCGGCCCCACGGAGCCCUGUGUGCUGCCUUUCCAGUUGUUACUGGAAAAGCCUUUUCAGAUUUUCCGUGCUGAACUGCGGGUCACAGACAUCAACGAUCAUUCUCCAGCAUUUCUAAAUAGAGAGAUUCCCCUGAAAAUAUCAGAGAUUACCACGCCAGGGGCGGCAUUUCUGCUCGAAAGUGCCCAGGAUCCAGACGUGGGAACCAACAGCCUGAGCAACUACACCAUCAGCCCCAAUGCCUAUUUCCAUCUCCGUGUCCUUGGUGAUGGGGAGGGGAGUGUGCUUCCCGAACUGAUACUGGAGCAGGUGCUGGACCGAGAGGAGAUGCCUGAGCUCAGUUUAACCCUCACGGCCUUGGACGGCGGCUCUCCGCAGCGAUCCGGAACCGCCCUGGUGUGCAUCCGGGUCGUAGACAUCAAUGACAACGCUCCCGAAUUUGUGCAGUCCCUAUACAAGGUGCAAGUGCCCGAAGACAGCCCCACUGGUUCCCUGGUUGUCGCCGUGUCAGCUAGAGAUCUAGACGCCGGGAGCUAUGGGGAAAUAACCUACGCAUUCUUCUAUGCCACGGAAAGAAUUCUCAAAACGUUUCAGCUCAAUUCAACCUCUGGCAAUCUUCUUCUUAAAGGCCAAUUGGACUAUGAAGCAAUUCAAACUUACACACUCACCAUUCAGGCCCAAGACGGUGGAGGGCUCUCCGGAAAAUGCACCGUAGUGGUUGAGGUAAUAGAUAUAAAUGACAAUGAACCAGAACUGAUCAUGUCAUCGCUAAGUAGUCCCGUUGCAGAAAAUUCACCCGAGACCGUCGUCGCCGUUUUUAGGAUCAGAGACAGAGAUUCAGGCAACAAUGGGAAAAUGGUGUGUUCGGUUCAGGAAGAUCUCCCCUUCCUCCUAAAGCCAUCUGUAGAGAAUUUCUACACCCUGGUAACCGAUGGAGCGCUGGACAGGGAGGCCAGGGCCGAGUACAACAUCACCAUCACCGUGUCCGACCUGGGCACGCCCAGGCUGACCACCCGGCACCACGUCGCGGUGCAGGUGUCCGACGUGAACGACAACGCCCCGGCCUUCAGCCAGGCCGCCUACACCCUGCUGGUGCGCGAGAACAACAGCCCCGGGCUGCUCAUCGGCUCCGUGAGCGCCAGCGACAGGGACGCGGGCGCCAACGCGCAGGUGACCUACUCCCUGCUGCCGCCCGCCGCGCCGCAGUCGCCGUCGCCGUCACAGCUGCAGCAGCAGCAGCCCGACGUGGCGGCGCUCGUGUCGGUGCACGCGGACAGCGGGCAGCUGUACGCGCUGCGCGCGCUCGACUACGAGGCCCUGCGCGCCUUCGAGUUCGGCGUGCGCGCCGCCGACCGCGGCUCCCCGGCGCUGAGCAGCGAGGCGCGCGUGCGCGUGCAGCUGCUGGACGCCAACGACCACGCGCCGGCCGUGCUGUACCCGCCGGCCAACGGCUCGGCCGCCUGCCCCGAGCUGGUGCCGCGCGCGGCCGACGCGGGCUACCUGGUGACCAAGGUGGUGGCGGUGGACGGCGACGCGGGCCAGAACGCCUGGCUGUCGUUCGAGCUGCUCAAGGCCACGGAGCCCGGGCUGUUCGGCGUGUGGGCGCACAGCGGCGAGGUGCGCACGGCGCGGCCGCUGAGCGAGCGCGACGCGCCCAGGCAGCGGCUGCUGGUGCUGGUGCGCGACCACGGCGAGCCGCCGCUGUCGGCCAGCGUCACGCUGCACGUGCUGCUGGUGGACGGCUUCUCGCAGCCCUACCUGGCGCUGCCCGAGGCGGCGGCGGCGGCCGAGGCGGCGCGGCCCGACUCGCUCACGGUGCAGCUGGUGGUGGCGCUGGCGGCGGUGUCGUCGCUCUUGGUGCUGAGUGUGCUGGCGCUGGUGGCGGCGCGGCUGUGCGGCGCGGGCGCGGGCGGGGGCGCGGGCGGUGUCGGUGUGGGGGCGGGGUGUGCGGUUGGCGGCGGCGGCGCGGGUGCGGAGGGCCGCUUCCCGGGGCCGCUGCUGGACGUGAGCGGCGGCGGGACGCUGUCGCACAGCUACCAGUACGAGGUGCGCCUGACGGGCGACGCUGGGACCGGGGAGUUCAAGUUCAUGAAGCCGGUUAUCCCUAGUUUCUUAUCCCAGAGUACAGGGAGAGAAAUUGAAGAAAACCCCUCCAUUCAAAACAAUUUGGGUUUCUGAUAAGGAAUUAAUAAUAAAUACCGUGUCUUGGACUUUUUCUAAUUAGAAUCUUACCCUGAGAUGUCUGUGAAGUUGUGUUCUCACAUUAUUUCAAGUUUCCAGUUGUCAAUUUAUCUUUUCGAAAUUUAUUUCAUUUGAAAGAGUGUCGCCGGCGCCGCGGCUCACUAGGCUAAUCCUCCGCCUUGCGGCGCCGGCACACUGGGUUCUAGUCCCGGUCGGGGCGCCAGAUUCUGUCCCGGUUGCCUCUCUUCCAGGCCAGCUCUCUGCUGUGGCCAGGGAGUGCAGUGGAGGAUUGCCCAACUACUUGGGCCCUGCACCCCACGGGAGACCAGGAUAAGUACCUGGCUCCUGCCAUCGGAUCAGCGCGGUGCGCUGGCCGCCAUUGGAGGGUGAACCAACGGCAAAGGGAAGACCUUUCUCUCUGUCUCUCUCUCACUGUCCACUCUGCCUGUCAAAAAAAAAAAAAAAAAAGAGUGUCAGUGUUGUGCCCAGAUCGUUAGAUCCCCGCAGAGACGCCCCAGAGAGUCAAUAACACAGAACUGCAAAAGCAAGGUUUAUUUGGAAGUACAAGCCGCGACAGGAACCCCAUCCAACCAACCAUCCCAGUGCAGGAAGGAGUGAGGCCCUGGUCUUUGCUUGGGAGAGUUUUUAAAGGAAAAAAGGGCUACAUCAGCAGGAAAAAAGAGUUACAUACAGCACAGGAGCUUUGGGUACAGGGAGUUAUUUUGUUUAGCAGUCUCUACUGUGCUGUCCUUGGUCUACCGAGCUAGCUGUCCCUGGUAAGCUUUGAUAUCUCCGGAAUGCCUGAAUGCCUGCUUUUACAAGGACUCGGGUCUGCUAUGGGAAAAGGAGGCUGCUUUUUUUUUUUAUUGUUUUAAAAUGGAGUCAUUUUUGCUCUUCAUCAGAAAGAGGGAAAGAGGGUGUGGUGAAAAGGGAAAGAGACAAGACACUUGUAUUUGAUGGUCCCAAAGAGUAGCAGCAGGCAGGGCAGAGCCAGGAGUCAGGAACUCCAUUCGGGUGUCCUAUCUAUGCGCUAGGAACCCAAGUACUUGAGCCAUUAUCUGUUGCCUCCCAAGCACUAUAGCAGGAAACUGGAUUAGAAGUGGAGGUGGGACUGGAUCCCAGGCUUUUGGAUAUGGGAUGCAGGUGUUCCAAAUGGCAGCUUAAUCUGCUGGGCCACAAUUGCUUUACACAGAAAAUAACCCAGCUUUAGCCCUAAGAAACCUGCACAAAGCAAGGAAUGUGUGCGCCAUGUUUUAUCUGUUCUUAAUGUACAGUCCAUUUAAUGACAAGUGGUGAGAUAUUUUCAGUUGUUUUCCUUUGUCUUCAUAGUUUAUUGCUUUGAUUUUCUGACUGACUAGAAUGCUGCACGGGUAGACCUACAAAAAGUUUAGGAAGCAUAGGUUGCAAAGUAUCUUUAAAAAUUUUUUGAGUGGCACAGUCUGAGCUCCCAUUUGCUGGUUCACUCCUGCAAAUUGUGUGCAGGAAGGGGUGGGGCUGAGUGGAGGCUGCAGCCAGGAGCCUGUCUAGGUUUCCCACAGGAGUGGCAGGAGCAUUCGUCUGGACAAACCAGGUCUCCCACGUGGGUGGAAGGGGCCCAGUCACUUUAGCCAUCACCUGUGGCCUGCCAACACCAGCAGGAAGCUGGGUCAGAAUUUUUGCAUGGAGGCCUUCUGAGUAUAUUAUAAAUUAGAGAUGGUAACACAAAAAUAGAGGUAUUGCUAUACCCACCAGUGGCAUAUAGGAUAAAGGCAAAAAACUCAUUAAAUUGUUUUCAUAGUCUCAUGAUAAAAUUAUCUAGUUUGGGCCGGCGCUGCGGCUCACUAGGCUAAUCCUCCACCUGCGGUGCUGGCACCCCGGGUGCUAGUCCCAGUCAGGGCGCUGGUUCUGUCCUGGUUUCUCCUCUUCCAGUCCAGCUCUCUGCUGUGGCCUGGGAAGGCAGUGGAGGAUGGCCCAAGUGCUUGGGCCCUGCAUCCGCAUGGGAGACCAGGAGAAGCACCUGGCUCCUGCCUUUGGAUCAUGCUGGCCACAGCGGCCAUUGGGGGGUGAACCAAUGGAAAAAGGAAGACCUCUCUCUCUCUCUCUCUCUCUCUCACUGUCCACUCUGCCUGUCAAAAAAUACAUAAAAAAAUCUAGUUUUUCCAACUAAUACAUUACAUGGAGAUAGGGAAAAGAUAUUUACAUAAUUAAAGAACUUAGGAAGCUAGUCCCAAAGGGACAAAUAUCAUAUGUUCUCCCUGAUCUGUGACAACUAACUGAGCACCUAAAUGGAAACCUGUAGAAGUGAAAUGGACACUAUGAGAAACAAUGAUCUGAUCAGCCCUUGUCCUGACUGACAAUGAACAACUUACUAUUUUAUUCCUUUUAGUAUUUUUUUUGUUCUACUUAAUACCAUUGGUUGAACUCUUUAAUUAAAACACAAUUAUUCUUAGGUGUUUAAAUGUAACUGAAAAGUGAUCCCUGAUAAAUAUAAGAGUGGGAAUAAAAGAGGGAGAUGUACAGUUGGGCACAUGCUCACUCGGACUUACUCCUAAUGGUAGAACUAGAAAGGUGCCAGGGGAGUCCAAAUCAAUCAAAGUGAUCAGUUUAAGUUCAUAAUUGAUCAUGAUGAUAGAAUUAAGUGUCAAAGGGAUCACAUAAACAAGACUAGUGUCCGCUAAUAAUAACUGAUAGAAUUCAAAAGGAGAGAAUGAUCCAACAUGGGAAGCAGGAUACACAGCAGACUCAUAGAAUGGCAGAUGCCCUAGCCAGCACUCAGGCCUCAGAAUCAGCCCUUGAGAUAUUCGGAUCUGGCUAAGAAGCACAAGAGGCUUUCUCUGGUGUGGAAAGCCAAGACACUAUGGCAAAAAAAAAAAAAAAAAAAAAAAAACUAAACGAAAGAUCUCUGUGAGACAGAUCCCAGCAGAAAGAACGGGCCAUUAAAGAAGGAGGUACCUUUCUCUGAAGGGAGAAGAGAACUUCCACUUUGAUUAAUGGCUUUGUCUAAAUAAGGUCGAAGUUUGUGAACUCAAGAGGCUUCCAUAGUCUUGGCAGCUUAUGACAAGAGCUUUGGGUGAUUACUGACGUCAUAAAUAAAAGUGUCAAUUUUAAAUCAACAACGGGAAUGUGCACUUACUCCCCAUGUAGGAUCUCUGUCCUUAAUGUGUUGUACUAUGCAAAUUAAUGGUAAAUCUAGUGCUCAAACAGUACUUUAUACUUUGUGUAUCUGUGUGGGUGCAAACUGUUGAAAUCUUUACUUAGUAUAUACUAAGUUGAUCUUCUGUAUAUAAAGAUAAUUGAAAAUGAAUCUUGAUGAAGAAUGGGA